ACCUGGAUUUUGCGGAUGAUUUAUGUUUGAUGUCACACAAAAUCGAAGACUUACAAGCAAAAACCGACAAACUGGUCGAAGAAGCAGCAAAGACAGGACUCCAGGUGAACAUAGACAAGACGGAGGUCAUGAAAAUAACCAACCAACAACAGCAGCAACAUCCAGUGCCAAUCACCAUCAACGGGAGGGAUUUGAAAGAGGUUACUUCUUUCACUUAUCUGGGGAGCAUUGUCUCAACCACAGGAGGAACAGACGAGGAUGUCAAAUCGAGAAUCGGGAAGGCGAGAAACACAUUCAUCAACCUGAAACCAAUCUGGAAAUCUUCGUCACUCAGCAUCAACAACAAAAUUCGGAUUUUCAAUACAAACGUGAAGUCAAUUUUGCUUUACGGAUCAGAAACUUGGCGAGUCACCAAGAAUAUUUUCAACAGGUUGCAGACCUUUAUCAACAACUGUCUUCGCUCCAUACUGAAGAUUAGAUGGCCAGAAAGAAUCACAAACAAGAAGCUAUGGGAACAAACGAAACAGGAACCAAUCGCCCAACAAAUAUGCAGGAGGAAGUGGAGAUGGAUUGGACACUCGCUGAGGAGGCCGUUGAGUGACAUCGCGCGUCAAGCCCUCGAGUGGAACCCGAAAGGGAAGCGGCGAGUGGGACGUCCAAGGGUGACAUGGAGGAGAUCGUGUGAGGAGGAGACGAAACAGUAUGGAAUAACAUGGACGCAAGUGAAAAGUACAGCACAAGACAGAAGCAAGUGGAGACGUGCAGU